AUGUCUACUCCGAAUCCUUCGUUGGCGGUGUGGCACGGGCAAACAGCGUCUCAAAAAUGUCUACAAAUUGAUGAGCUUUGCGAGAUGGUCGUACGCGAACUCUACGACGAAGGGCAUGGAAAAGGCUCAGUUGCAAGUCUGGCGUCAACCUGCCGGACGUUCAAACUCAAGGCGCUGAAGGUGUUGUGGGAACACAUGGAGAGUCUGAAGCCAUUGGAUAGUCUGCUGCCUGGACAGAUCCAGCGUUGCGACGGAAAGUGCCUUGCAGAGAACGGUGACAUCACAACAUGCUCCUUCACAGAGCCCGCCUCCGCUAUCCUCGAUCGUGUCAAGUUCUACGCGAGCCUCAUCAAAAUAUUGGAGUGGAACAACGGUGACAACGUUAUAGCGAAUACGAUCAGACACUGUGGUUUCUUCUCGCAAGGUCCUCUAUUCCAAAACCUACGCUCGUACUCCUUCCACGACAACAGCCGUUUCGCCUCUAGCAGGCUUUCAGUUCCUCGCGGGUCAUUGUUUCUCAAUCCUCAGCUUAACGAUCUGCAACUGUUCAGUGAAUAUCCCGAAUCAGAUCCGUUCUGCGAUCUCCUCCAGGAUUUGGUCGAUAAAGAGCACAAGACGCUCCAUACCAUGCAAGUGAUCGACGAAAGCGGAAUGUGGUCUCGUCUGUCAAGUGCAGACGGCAUUGCACUAGCGAGUGUCUUGUCUAUGCAAGAUCUCAGGGACUUCAUUUGCAAUAUGCCUCUCCCUUCAAAUGGAUUGAAUUACCUCGCAACCAUGCCUCACCUCGCAAACCUCAAGCUGACACUCGACAUGAAGACCACGGGUGAAUUCUGCAAGAACAAAGGACUCUACGAACGGUUCACCACGUUAACUUCACUGGACGUCGAGCUGUUUACAUUAACCGAGCAAUCUCUAGCCUUCUUCGGCUCGAUAAGUUCUCCUAUUCUGGAGACACUCAAGAUCAGUACACUCAGCCGCUGUUCACCAGUGAUGUUUCGGAAACACCUCACGUUGCUUUCACAUUCGCCUUACAGAGAAUACAUCAGCACCCUAGACAUCACACUCCAGGACGGAUAUUUUGUCCUUCCAAAGGACUCCGAUGUGAUCACCUCUAGCGAACUGAGGCCACUGGUCAGUUUUCCCAACUUAAGAGUCGUCAGGUUCGAAUCGGCGAUGAUGAAGCUUGAAGAAGGGUUCAUGCACCAACUGGCAUCUGCAUGGCCCUCUCUAUAUUCAUUCAGGUUGCAACACGCGGGCGAAAUAUGCUACUUUCCUGUUCCGAUCGGCGGUCUCGUGCAUUUCGCUCGCCAUUGCCCAGAACUGCAGAUCAUUGCGAUGCGUCUGGAUACAGAUAUACCGGACCUACCUGAAUGGAAGUCAAGCAGCAAAGCCGAUUUUUUCUGUUGCGACUUGGUCAAGGGUGUUCCCGACGAAAUGGUGUACCGCUGCGUCGACUUUCUGUCCGUGCUCUUCCCGGCUCACGAUCCGCUGGUUGAUGACAGUCAGGACUCUGCUGGCGGAACAAUGUUGAAGAAACGUCCGAGUGCGAAAGACGAAAAAGACUGACAGUCGACGUGCAGUCUCACAAACUAGUAUCUCCUUGAACGCUAUCCGAUUUAACGAGUCGUCUGGCAGAUUUCGAAGGGUACUAUUAUACACAAUGCGAUUUUCUAAGGAAC